UAACACACAAACAAAAUCAAAACCCACUUUCUCUCUCCUCAUUUCUUUUCCCUCUAUCUCUCUUUGAUCUCUGGGAGAGCAAAACAAGCUUCAAUCAUCGAAACCCAGAAACCGGAGACUCCAAAGAUUGAUUCUUUGAUCCAAAUCUUGAACUGGGUAAUAGGAGAAACGGAGAAAUAAGGUGGAAAAGGGACGGAAAACCCCAUCUUGUUCGUCUGCAAUCCAAUGCGGUCUUUGCUGAAAAGACCCAAAGGAAGAAGCAUAAAGCACUUGGAACGGAUAGAGGAAAGGAUUUGAAGGAAACCCAUAUAGAGAGAUAGCGAAUUGGGUGUGGAUCUGAUGGUGGGUGGUGGAUUGGGUGUUGGGAGGUGUAAAGAAAGGUUUUUUGGGGUGAUUGUUGGACAAGGUGGUGUUUUUAGGAGGGUAGAAUCUUGUGCAGUGGGGCUGCAUAGACGAGGAUGCAGCUUCACUUCUCGCCUAGCAUGAGAAGUAUCACGAUAUCGAUCAGCAAUGGAUUUAUUGACUUAAUGAAGAUCAAGGUCGCAGCUCGCCACAUCUCUUAUCGAACCCUUUUCCACACCAUUCUCAUCCUCGCUUUCUUGUUGCCUUUUGUCUUCAUUCUCACUGCUCUAGUUACCCUCGAAGGUGUCAACAAGUGUUCCUCAUUUGAUUGCUUAGGUAGGCGUUUGGGACCAAAGCUUCUUGGGAGGGUUGAUGAUUCAGGGCAGAGGCUAGUCAAGGACUUCUAUAAGAUCCUUAAUCUAGUAAAUACUGAGGAAAUUCCAGAAGGUCUAAAACUUCCAGAUUCAUUCAGCCAACUUGUUUCUGAAAUGAAGAGUAACCAAUAUGAUGCAAGGACCUUUGCCUUCAUGUUAAGGGGAAUGACAGAGAAACUUGAAAGAGAAAUUAGGGAAUCUAAAUUUGCAGAGUUGAUGAACAAACACUUUGCUGCAAGUUCCAUUCCAAAAGGCAUCCACUGUCUCUCUCUACGGCUAACAGAUGAAUACUCCUCCAAUGCUCAUGCACGUAGACAACUGCCUUCUCCAGAGCUACUCCCUGUGCUUUCUAACAACUCCUACCACCACUUUGUCCUUUCAACUGAUAAUAUUUUAGCUGCUUCUGUUGUUGUUGCUUCUGCUGUCCAGUCAUCUGUAAAACCUGAAAAGAUUGUCUUUCAUGUCAUUACUGAUAAGAAAACUUAUGCGGGUAUGCACUCAUGGUUUGCACUAAAUCCUGUCUCCCCUGCCAUUGUUGAAGUGAAAGGAAUUCACCAGUUUGAUUGGUUAACAAGAGAGAAUGUUCCUGUGCUUGAAGCUGUUGAGAAUCAUAAUGGGAUCAGAAAUUACUAUCAUGGAAAUCAUGUUGCAGGGGCGAACCUCUCUGAUACUACUCCUCGCACAUUUGCUUCAAAAUUGCAGGCAAGAAGUCCUAAAUACAUAUCCUUGCUCAACCAUCUCCGGAUAUAUUUACCAGAGCUCUUUCCAAACCUUGAGAAGGUGGUCUUCUUAGAUGAUGAUGUUGUAGUUCAGCGUGAUUUGUCUCCACUUUGGGAGAUUGACCUUAGGGGAAAGGUUAAUGGAGCUGUAGAAACUUGUAAAGGUGAAGAUGAGUGGGUUAUGUCUAAGCAUUUCAGAAACUAUUUCAAUUUUUCUCAUCCCCUUAUAGCAAAGAAUUUGAAUCCUGAUGAAUGUGCCUGGGCUUAUGGAAUGAAUAUCUUUGAUCUUCGGGCUUGGAGGAAGACAAAUAUAAGAGAGACUUACCAUUCUUGGCUGAAAGAGAACUUGAAAUCAAACCUGACUUUGUGGAAGCUUGGAACUCUACCACCCGCGUUGAUUGCAUUUAAAGGUCAUGUUCACCCAAUUGAUCCGUCAUGGCAUAUGCUUGGUUUGGGCUAUCAGAAUAAGACCAACAUUGAGAAUGUGAAAAAGGCAGCGGUUAUCCAUUACAAUGGCCAGUCCAAACCAUGGCUACAAAUUGGCUUUGAGCAUCUUCGACCAUUUUGGACCAAGUACAUCAACUACUCAAAUGAUUUUAUUAGAAAUUGCCACAUUUUGGAGUCAUAAUCAAUCACCUAGACAAGUAAGAAGAAGAGAUACAACAGGAAAUGGCACAAUUGAUACAGAUAUCAUUAGUUAUCCUGUGGGUUGAAAAUUUUCUCAAGAUUUUGGUCAGAAAAAAAUGAAUUUCUCAAGAUUUAUUUGAGAAGGCAAGGUGAAGUACAAGAUUUUUGACAUUGGGAUUUUGAUGUCAUCCCUCAAAACAUUAGCAGGAGACACCUGCACCAUCCGCACAGCCAUGAGAUUCAUUCUUUCAGUCUGUAACAUAGCUCCAUGGUUUUUUUUUUUACUUGGAAACAGGAUACUGUUAUUGAUCUCGCUGCAGGGUUCCUGCCUGAUUUCUUAGUGGAUAUUUUGGAAUAAGGUGAAAUACACAAAAACUAGAAGUGGCCUUGGACGCUGCCAUCAGAUUGAUUGGUUUAGAGAAGAGGAGGCUGGCUGGCUGGCUGGCUAGGAAAAGGUCUCAAUUUAUUUCCUUUCGUUGUUUCCAAUUUUUGUUAGUACCUUCCCAUUUUUCCCAUUCUAGGAGAGAUUGCUUUGUCACAGGUCCCAUGAAUGGGGGAACUGUUCUUAGCUUACAUAUUGAUUUCUUAUGUACGAUUUCACGACAAACAUUUAAAAUGUGCAGAAAAAUUCUUUCCCAAUUCUUAUAUCAAUCAUAUCUCAAUUUUCG